AUGACCGCGCUUUUUGGAGUAGCGUUGGCCGGCGAUAUUGACAACGGAUUCGCGCAUGACGGAGCCACCACCUACUGCAUGGGCAAGAACGACGGGGUCGGCGCUUUGAUCUUUGGCACGCUAGAGGCGAGCAAUGUUGGCUGCUGUUCUGUAGGCGUGACGCUCACACUUACGGAAUCAACGUUUCACGUGAAUGAACCGAUUACAGUCAAGUGGGCGGCCAAAAUGAUUCCGGGUCUGACCAACUCCAUCUUUCCAAACGCCAUCGACCCGGCCACAGGAUUACCACGUCCCGUGAAAACCUCGACAUUGUCCGCCUGUACGGCUGGCACAAAUUGCGCCGUAAACGUAGCCGCAGUCCCAACAGGAGCUGAUGGAACAAGCACUGGAGAAUUUGCCGCGGACGGUACGAAGACACUGGAGACCGCGACUUUUACCUUGGCUACACCUGGCGACUACACUAUUGUGGGCCUCGUAGCGUUGCCAGGUGAGAGCACUCUCAAUCUUGCAUCAGAAGAGUACGUUGUCUUCAAGAAGAUUAGCGUCGUAUCGGCAGAGACUGAGAUCGCGACUACGCUCAUACCAGGUUCCGCCAACCCCAGUAUUGAUUCCAGCAACCCCAGUAUUGAUUCCAGCAACGUAUCUAAGGAUAGUUUGGCAAAGCAAGAAUCAACGCUGGAUUUGACUAGUGACAAGUCGGCCGUGAAGUCCGAUUCCAUGAGCUUACAGGAUGAUAAGACGGUAGCAGACCCGAUCAGCUCAGCUUCGACCUCUAGCAGCGGCGGCAUCAAUGGAAGUGGCGUCGCUAUCAUUGCUAUUGUGGCGGGCUGCUGUAUCGUGGGUCUUGUCGGCUUCGCCUUCGUAAUGCGUCGUCGCAAGCAGGAACAUGCGAUUGCUAACAAGGGUUUCAACACAAUCUCUUCCUCGCUGGCUAGCGACAUGAAUGAUAGUGCUCUUGGCGACGACAACGACGGCAAGAUUGAUCUCACAUACAUUGCCAACGUAACGGCUCGUAACAACGACAUGAAUGCAGCGGAGAACAUGAUGAGUGAAGAGUCGUCAGUCGCCGUUCUGGCUUCGGUCGAGCGUGGAUCGGAGCUCAACCCGAGUAACGGUAACUCCUCCCACUUGCUCCCUAAGAGCAGCCUGGAUACCGAUGUAUACUCAGACAAGGCUAGCUACGCUGUCGCGGGUACCGCAGGACACCAGCCCAAAGGUAAAGCUAAUAAUAACUACGGCAUGAGCAAUACGUCGAUGCUUUCGCCGCGUAAUCAGAGCGAGGCGUCGACGUCCAAUUUUGGUGACUCGGCUGUGUCGACAAGACAGUACAAGCACUUCCAGAAUAAUGACUGGAACGGCUCGUUGUCAUCUCACAUGGACUCGCGCCUAGACUCCAUGGAGCAAUCUGAGUUGAAGGCUCGUGGAUUUGGCAGCAUUGCUGGACUCAGCGUGGUAAGCGGGUCAUCGGAAGACAACACGUCACGCAUCUCGGGCAUUAGUGAGCACGAUGUCAACUUUUCAAUGUCAUCCCGCCCUACGGAAGACUCUCGUGCUACGAUAGAGUCGCGGUUUACUGCUGGCUACCAUGAAACGGAAGACUCGCGUAUUACCGAGGAUUCUCGAGUUACGGGCUUCUCGGAAGCAAUGCACCAAUCACGGCUACAGAGUGAGAAAUCGACAAGGGACUCGUAUGGUUUUCGAACAUCGCGCUCCAGCGCGGACUCGUACAGCUCUGGCAUGUCUUCCUUCAGCCGCGAAGACUCGCGUAUUAGCGGCUUCAGCGUUGAUUCCAACUUGGACAGCCCAAACGGCUCUAGCAAGUAUUAA